AUGGUUCCAGUUUCACUUCUACAGGUCACUCCUAAGGAAACCGUUGACGUUAAAAACGACCCAAAAAUCAAGGAGCACGUGACAAAGAGCGAGGGCAUCGUUCUCGAGGACGGUAUUGCACUCACUACUUACCCAGAAGACUCCAAACCUUUAGGACUUGAAUGGGGUGCUGCAGCUCCCGAAGUGCGUGGUCCUGUGGUGUGUUCCCGCUAUCACGAUGGACUCUCCAAGCACAAUGCAAUCGGUGCCCAUUCUGGUCCUUACUGCGUGUACCACGCUCUAGCGGUGGCAUCCAAUCAGUUGGAUCCUCACCAUGUGGCAGACUACACCAACUCCCAGCCUGCAUUUUCGAUCCCUGAGCAAAAAGCCUGGUACAACAACAAGGAUAUCGUGGCAAUGGACCCAAUGGGCCAUCUCACUCCGUUUUUGUUCGACGAAACCGCCAAAUCCGAAAACGUGGAGAUCAGACCUUCGAUCUCCGUUACCAAAGCCUCCUUGCAACUCUUCGAACUAAAAGAUGCAGUGACCAACAACAGGCUCCAAGUGGAUGGCAAAAUCGUUCUCAACCAAAAUGGUGAUGUGGCCGUCUCCAAAGUUGCCGUUGAACCAGUUUGGUAUUUGCCCGGUGUUGCUGAACGGUUUGGUGUGAGUGAGGAUAAGCUCAGAAAGGCUUUGUUCCAAGACACCAACGGAAUGUAUCCAGAACUCAUCACCAGACCUGACAUCAAAGUGUUUUUGCCACCAGUGGGAGGAUUGACCGUAUACAUAUUCGGUGAUCCAGCAUACGUGUCUGAUCCUACCAAGAGAGUUGCACUUAGAGUCCAUGACGAGUGUAACGGAUCUGAUGUUUUCGGAUCUGACAUCUGUACUUGUCGUCCAUACCUAACCUUUGGUAUUGAAGAAGCUGUCAAGGAAGCUCAAAAUGGUGGCUCUGGUGUUGUCAUCUACUUCCGUAAGGAGGGCAGAGCUCUAGGCGAAGUCACCAAGUACCUGGUCUACAAUGCACGUAAGAGAGGUGGUGACACUGCUGACGAGUACUUCCACAGAACCGAGUGUAUUGCUGGUGUUCGUGAUAUGCGUUUCCAACAGUUAAUGCCAGAUAUUCUAAAAUGGCUUGGAAUUACCAAGAUUGACCGUAUGUUGUCCAUGUCCAACAUGAAACACGAUGCUAUUGUUGAGCAAGGAAUCCCAAUUUUGGAGAGAGUACCUAUUCCAGAUGAAUUGAUUCCAGCUGACUCCCGUGUCGAAAUUGACGCUAAGAUCAAUGCAGGUUAUUUCACAACUGGUAAAGUCAUGAACCAGGAAGAAUUGAAAGCCGUUCAGGGAAGAACUUGGACUGAUGUUGUUUAA